AUCGACUGUGUUGGUUUUCUUAUCUGACACAACAAUGGAGGGAGCCAAUGUCACCGUGACACAAUCUGUCCAGGAUAUUUCUAAAGCUAACGUUUUAGCUGAAGGAUAUGACAAAAAAUGUAUUUUUUGCAGGAUCGUUAAUCAUGAAGUGGACACGGAACUUCUCCACUGUGAUGAGGAGAUCUCAUGUUUCAGAGACAUCAAGCCUGGAGCGCCGCACCAUUACCUAGUUGUCCCGACUAAACAUGUUGGAAACUGUAAAUCACUCCGCAAAGAACACCUGCCUUUAGUAAAACGCAUGGUGGAGAUGGGAAAGGAAAUCCUGCAGAAAAAUGAUGUGACUGAUCUCAAUGAUGUCAGGUUUGGGUUCCAUUGGCCCCCAUUCUGUUCGGUCACACAUCUACACCUUCAUGUUCUGGCACCUGCCAGCCAGAUGGGCUUCAUGUCUCGCCUGUUCUACAGGCUGAAUUCUUACUGGUUCAUUACGGUGGAGCAACUGAUAGAGCUUCUCAACUCUAAAGAAGAAACCAGCUGAUUAUGUACUUGGGAUCUAUCACAGAGUUUGUUUCCAUGUGCCUACUAAUAAUCAGUGUUUAAAUUGAGGAAAAUGAUUAGACAUUAUAUCUGCAUCCCCCCCAAACAUAAACUAGUUGGAACGGAAAUGAAACCAACUCUGGAUUUUACACCAGGGGUCAUAUCUGCGUCAUUAGUAGCAUCAAUAGUGGCAAUAUUGUGUUAUAGAAAUGACUCAUGACAUUGUUUGAAAGUACUGUUAUAUUAAUGGUAAAAAGCUUUAAAUAAUGUGAUAUUUAACUGUGGAUCAUCAGACUUAAGCAUGACAUAAAGUAAGUGUCGAACAAAAACAAUGACUACCUCAGCUAUGUGGCAUAACUGCUGGGUAUUUUGUAACAUUGGAAACAAGAGUUGGAGCAUCGAGUAGCAUCUGCAUGAACUAUUUAUGAGCAAGUAACUUCAGGUUAAGGACAGUAUUUCUAAUAACCCUUACAACCAGUAAAUAAUCAAAAGCUUUUAUAUGUGUAAAGUUUAAUUUAUUUUUUUCUCUGUAAAUUAGUGAUAUGGUGAGUAGUUGUAUUAUACAGUGCUCAACAAUAUACAGUGCUGUGAAAAGGUAUUUGCCCCCUUCUCAUAUUCUUACUUUUUUUUGCAGUUUCCCCACUUUGUGUAAGAUCAUCAAACAUAUGUAAGUAUCAGACUAAGGUAACCCAGGUAAACAUAAAAUGCUGUUUUUAGAUGGUUAUUUUAUUUAUUAAAGAAAAGAGGAAAACAUCUAUUCACCUACUUUUUCUCAUCUGUUUGUGAAUUUCUUUGGAUUGUGGCAUUUUGUUACAGUUUUUAAAAAAAAAUUUUUUUUAGAUCUUUUGGCCAACUUCAUUUUGUUAGACAGGUUCUUUUUAAGUGAUUUCUUGAUUGAGAAGGUCUGGAGGUAAUCAGGAUUGGAUGUGGUCAUUGAAAAUGAGCUCAACUUUCCUAAAAAUGUGUUUAAGCCACAGUUAUUUCAUGAUUUAACAAAGGGACCAUUUACUUUUUCCACAGAGGGCCAGGUAGCUUUGAAUAAAUUUUUUCCAUUAAUAAAAUCACCAUUUAAAAAUUGCAUUUUAUGUUUACAUGGGUUAUCUUUGUCUGAUACUUACAUUUGUUUGAUGAUCUUAAACAUUAAAGUGGGGAAACAAUGCAGAAAAACAAGAAUUUGAGAAGGGGGCAAAUACUUUUUCACGACACUGUAAAUGAGUACACGGCCUUUAAAAAGUAAACUGAUCGAUUUUGAGUGAUUCUGAUGAGUAGUUGUAUUAGUGCUUAACAACAUAAAUUAGUACACGCCCUUUGAAAAGUAAACUGAUCAGUUUUGCAGGGAACAUGAACAAUUUUAAAAAAUUGGUGAUUAGACUCAUCUGUGGUGGAAUCUUAAAAAAAAAAAAAAAGUGAUUCAAAUGUACAAAUUUUUCAAUAUUUGUAAGAAAUAUUCUACAUUUAGUGUUCACGUUGGCAAAUCAAUUUUUUUUACAGCAUAGCAAUGGACCAACAUUUGUGGAAGUUUAGUAUUGUAUGGCAUAGAAAAGAUUUAUUUUUCCAACACCUUUGUUGUGGUGUAGCCUACUUAUUUACAGUAUGAGCGCUGCAUGUUAACAGAAUGUAAAGGCAGGGGAUCAUACUCUCUUUUGUAUCAAUGUAUGCACUUUAAGAAGCAUUAAUAUAUUGGGAUUAAAUAUUUAAAUGCACUCUUCUUACUGGUUAUUUAACAUUGGCGCUCACAGUCACAAAACAAACUGCAUUUUCGAUCACUAUUCAAGCAU